CCAGACUUCCUCUUCUGAGUGUUUUCAUAAACAAACCAAAUAUUUCUCCCGCCGGGGCCACUGCACUGUCAUCACCCUGUCAGCCUGCCAGCAUUGUCGGGUUCCUGCUCCCGUUUUUAACAAAGGCCGUGAAAAACGCUUUUAAAGCUGGUUCAUAUUCAAAGAAAGAUACGCGGGUAAACGACCGGAGGCUGUCUUUAUUGUCCGAACCGUCAGCGCGUGGUCGACCGUUGGACAAAAGCGACCACAAUAAACCUGUUUUUAUUAGAUGAUUUUAUGCUUGUCAUCCACAUUGGGCCGCUGUAUAUACUGUGAGGAGCUUCGAUAUCAUCAACUUCAGACAUGGUGAAGCUGACAAAGGCUAAGACGUUCCAGGCGUACCUGGACUCGUGCCACCGUCGCUACAGCUGUGUGCACUGCCGUGCCCAUCUGGCCAACCAUGACGACCUCAUCUCCAAGUCAUUUCAAGGCAGUCAGGGGCGAGCCUACCUCUUCAACUCAGUUGUGAACGUGGGCUGUGGUCCUGCGGAGGAGAGGCUGCUCCUCACAGGACUUCACGCAGUCGCCGACAUCUACUGUGAAAACUGUCACACCACGCUGGGCUGGAAAUAUGAACAAGCCUUCGAGCUGAGUCAGAAGUACAAGGAGGGGAAGUUUAUCAUCGAGCUGUCCCACAUGAUAAAGGAUAACGGCUGGGACUGAGAGGGAAAUCUUCAUCUUUCUUCAUGACUUUUUUUCAAAAGUUGCAUCCCUUCGACUAUAAAGGGUUCCAGUGUAGCUUCCUCAUCCCGCGUACGAGCCAUCGCUGUGCCACACUUUCACUUCGUACCAAGAAUAGCAUGUGAUGCCUUUUUAUCUUUUCCGUUCUUCAUGUUUUUCCAGCGACCACGACAACACAUUUGCUGAUAUAUCGCUAUCCCAAUUGCUAGUUGUGCUGGGACAUGGACUGAAUGAGUGCAGGGUUUGUGUGUGAACGACUGGGACAUGUAGUCACACAGGCACGUGUGUGUGCGCAUGUUGGGUUUUAAAGCGUGUGUUUGAGUGAUGGCUUAACAGUCUCGCUGUGUGGGGCGAAGCCAGCGAAAGACAAAUAAUCUGACCUUCUUACACAUCAGAUGCAGGUAUUUGGGUUUUCCUUUUUGAGUUUAAGUGGCGCAUUUAGUCAUAUCUGGUCCAAAAUGAGCAAAGUAUAUAAGACUGUUCAACCUGUAGAUGAGCGAUAGAUUGGUAUAGGAAGCGUCGGAUUGGCCUUUUUUUUUAUCAGUGAAAUUGAUGCUUCUUUUAUGGUAAGGGAUCAGUGACACUUGUUCAUAUUUUGCUAAAGGCAAUCAGGUUGUUGAAUUAGUGAUGUUAAAUCCCGGAAAAGUCUCCUGCAAGAAUUCUUAAAGUGUGUGUGUGUGUGUGUGUGUGUGUGUGUGUGUGUGUGUGUGUGUGUGUGUGUGUGUGUGUGUGUGUGUGUGUGUGUGUGUGUGUGUGUGUGUGUGUGUGUGUGUGUGUGUGUGUGUGUGUGUGUUGUGUGCGUGCUGAGAUGUCUUUAGCUGGAUGGUGUGGAGAAGCAUUAGCCUGGGGUUCACGUCUAGAGUUUCUGCUGCACAGUUGGGAUGUCUUCACUUUUCCUUCAUGCUGAGAUCUAUCCUACAUGUGUUUGUGUGUAUAGCCUAACACGGAGCUGCCCCCUACAGAUACAUUUACUCAAAUGUGUUAGAGGAAAGUGUGUUUAGGAUUGUGUAGCAUAUUUAUGGUGAUUUUUAAUGUCUGCUUCUUUCAUUAAAGUGUAUUAUUUUAACCUACUCUUUCAUUAAAAUACAGUGUGCACCUGUGUAA